GAGCUUUCCAGCUCUUUCUACGGCCAGGUGAAGCCAAAGGUUCCGUGGGGGGGGGCGUAGGAAUUGGGGUGGGUGGACCCUGGGCAAAAAUCAGAUGCUUUUUGUCUUAACACUGAUGCAAGAAGGCACCAAAGGUGAUGAGUCAGGCUGGAGGUAGGAAAUAGACCUUAGGAAAGGGAGGCCUAUGAGAGAGGAAAUCCCAGUAGAGAUGUUUGAAGUCUUCUCCGGCAUCCUGAAAUACUCUCCGGGCAUCCACAGGGACGUGUACAGCAAAGUCCGAGAAAUUGAAGAUUUUGUCAUUAAGAAUAUCCAGAGGCACCGGGAAAUGCUAGAUCCCAGCGCCCCAAAGGACUUCAUCGAUUCCUUCCUGGUCCGCAUGGACAAGGAGAGCUCUGAUCCUGAGAGCGAAUUUCACUUUAAGGACCUUGUCUACACGGUCGUCUCGCUGUUUCUCGCCGGCACAGAGAGCUCCAGCAACACUCUCUUGCAUGGAUUUGUACUCCUUCUUAAGAACCCUGAUGUUGUAGAGAAAGUCCAGGAAGAGAUUGACAGAGUGAUUGGCUCACAUCAUCUCCCAGCCCUUGAAGAUCGGGCAAAAAUGCCUUACACAGACGCCGUCAUCCAUGAAAUUCAGAGAUUCAGUGACGUCCUCCCCCUUGGUCUUCCGCGUUGUGUCAUCAAGGACACUCACUUCUGGGGAUAUCAUCUCCCUAAGGUGAGACCACAGAAUCUUGGUGUAGCCUUAUGGUUCAUGUCUCUGGUCAAUGGAUCACAAUGAGAAUUAUUAUUUCCAGAUUUCUAUGGG